AUAGAUAAUGCUAUAAUCAUUGUUUAGAUCAUAUAAUUCCCCCAUAUGUUAGUUGUAUUUGGUUGUGGAAUAAAAAUUAUAUUAUAAUUGUUGUUUGAUUACAAAGUAAAAAAUGCAGAUAACAAUAAAGCUUUUAAAAGGACAAGACUUUUCAUUAGAUGUUGAGCCGAAUACUUUAAUAUCAGAUAUGAAAAAGGAAAUUGAACGUAGAUUACAAAUACCAUUAGCAGAACAAAAAUUGCUUUUGCUUGGACGUACAUUGAAAGACGAGAGCACUGUUUCCGCAUAUCCAAAUAUACAUGAAGGCUGCAAACUGAAUUUGGUAGUAAUGCGUCCACGGAUAGAAGGUCUUCGAGAGAUUCUAAAGAAAUCGUUUGGAAAAUACUAUAAUGAACCACAAGCUGACAACUUGGUUACUGCUUUUAUGAUCGAUUUUGAAAUGAAUUUAAAACAAAUGAGCGUGGACGAUAUUGAACGUUUAUCGGAGAGUCUAAUAGGUGUAUAGUCUUCCCAAUGUCAAAAUUAUAUUAAUAAUUAAUUAAUUCUUAAAGGAUAUAUAUAUAUAUUUUUCCGGUUUUAUGUAAUUAAAAAGGUACUUACGUGUUAAUGCCACCGCACCAAAAAUGGAAUAGUUAGGAAGUGCGAAUAACCCGAUUGUUUUAAGCUGUUUUUUGCCGAGAACUGCAUUGGCGGGUUUCGAUCGUACUUUAAUUUUUUUUUUAAUCCUGGCCGUUCCAACUCCGUGGUAUCCAUUAAACAAUUAGGUGCGGUGACGUUAAUUCGUAAGUAUCAUUAAAAAUAUAUAUUAUUUUGUUAUUUUAUUAAAAUUUGAA